AUGCACAUAGGCAGAGAGCGACGGAGACGCCGAUGCCAGGUGGCGUUCAGCUACCUACCCCAGAAUGAUGACGAGCUGGAGCUGAAAGUUGGAGACAUCAUAGAGGUUGUAGGGGAGGUAGAGGAAGGAUGGUGGGAAGGUGUACUUAACGGCAAGACUGGAAUGUUUCCUUCCAACUUCAUCAAGGAGCUGUCGGGGGAGUCGGAUGAGCUUGGCAUUUCCCAGGAUGAGCAGCUGUCCAAGUCAAGGCCUGAAGGUUUCCUUCCAGCCUCUCUGCUACCCUUUCCAGCUCAUGGAGCAAAAGGAAAGACUACCUUUGAAGGGACAAUUCUGUAUCGUGCUGCACCGGGAAAGACGGAGGGCCACAGACGCCUUUACAGCUUAAGAGAAACCACAGGCUCCGAGAGCGAUGGGGGUGAUUCAAGCAGUACCAAAUCCGAAGGUGCCAACGGGACAGUGGCAACUGUAGCCAUCCAGCCCAAGAAAGUCAAAGGAGUGGGCUUUGGCGAUAUCUUCAAAGACAAGCCAAUUAAACUGAGACCAAGGUCAAUCGAAGUAGAAAAUGACUUCCUGCCAGUAGAAAAGACAAUUGGGAAGAAGUUACCUCCAGCUACAUCAACUCCAGAUCCAUCAAAACCAGAAAUGGACAGCAGGACAAAGGCCAAGGAUUACUGCAAAGUAAUAUUUCCAUAUGAGGCACAGAAUGAUGACGAACUGACAAUCAAGGAAGGAGAUAUAGUGACUCUCAUCAAUAAGGACUGCAUCGAUGUAGGCUGGUGGGAAGGAGAGCUCAAUGGCAGACAAGGAGUGUUCCCUGAUAACUUUGUGAAGUUACUUCCACCGGACUUUGACAAGGAAGGGAAUAGACCCAAGAAGCCACCACCUCCGUCCGCUCCUGUCAUCAAACAAGGAGCAGGUACCACAGAGAGAAAACAUGAAAUUAAAAAGAUACCCCCUGAAAGACCAGAGACACUUCCAAACAGAACAGAAGAGAAAGAAAGACCAGAGAGAGAGCCAAAACUGGAUUUACAGAAGCCUUCUGUUCCUGCCAUCCCACCGAAAAAGCCUCGGGCACCUAAGACCAAUUCUCUGAACAGACCUGGUGCAUUGCCCCCAAGAAGACCCGAGCGACCAGUGGGCCCACUGACGCACACCAGGGGUGACAGUCCAAAGAUUGACUUGGCGGGCAGCGCACUCUCUGGCAUCCUCGACAAGGACCUCUCAGACCGCAGCAAUGACAUUGACCUAGAAGGUUUUGACUCUGUGGUAUCAUCUACUGAGAAACUCAGCCACCCAACCACAAGCAGACCAAAAGCUACGGGAAGGCGGCCUCCAUCUCAGUCGCUCACAUCUUCCUCCCUUUCAAGCCCCGAUAUCUUUGACUCCCCAAGUCCCGAAGAAGAUAAAGAGGAACACAUUUCGCUUGCGCACAGAGGACUAGACGUGUCGAGGAAGACUUCCAAGACUGUUACCAUAUCCCAAGUGUCAGACAACAAGGCAUCCCUGCCACCCAAGCCAGGGACCAUGGCAGCUGGCAGCAGUGGGCCAGCCUCUCUCUCUUCAGUGGCAUCCUCGCCCAUGCCAUCCUCUUUGGGAACAGCUGGACACAGAGCCAAUUCUCCGUCUCUGUUCAGCACAGAAGGAAAACCAAAGAUGGAGCCUGCAGCCAGCAGCCAGGCUGCUGUAGAGGAGCUUAGGACCCAAGUCCGGGAGCUGAGGAGCAUCAUUGAGAGCAUGAAGGACCAGCAGAAACAUGAGAUUAAGCAGUUACUGUCAGAGCUGGAUGAAGAAAAGAAAAUCCGGCUUCGGUUGCAGAUGGAAGUGAAUGACAUAAAGAAAGCGCUUCAAUCAAAGUGAACACUUGAUAAUUGAGAUGUUACAUUUUUCACCCUGAGUCCGAGACUCAAAUUUUCUGCCCCAGCCAAAAUCAUCUUGUGCCAAAAGAUUAAAGGUUUGCCUCAACAUGUCCCUGUUUGAAUGAUUAGCACAAAAGUCUUGAUAGCACAACACAAAUUCCAUCCAAGAGGAGACUCUUUCCCAUGGUGUCGUCCUGGGUCUGGCAGUGGUUGUGAUUCAUAGCCAAUUGUGCUAAAGGCUUUUCUACCUUGAGAUCUCCUGAGAAAUGAAAACUCAGGCAGUUUAGUCCAGAGUAGUACUAUUUUGAUGAUAUUUUCCAUUAAUAAAAUGUAAUUUCAGAUUCUUCGUUUACAGGCUUUAUAAUUUUAUGAUUUUUUUUAAACCGUGUUUUGUCACAGAUGCCCCUAGUGUUUGUGCUAACCUAGUCAAAAGCAGGUGUCUUGCUCACUUGCUGCAGGUGGAAUGAACGCCACCUGGCUUUGUAUUCCCCUUUAGGAUUCUAUUACAUAUGCAAUUUGACGUCCAACCCUUCCCUUUCCCUGCCGGCCGACCCCCACCACUCGAAGAGAAAUUUUAGCUUAUAUAUGAUGGUAUAUUUAUAAAAAGAGAAAGAGAAAACCUGGUAUUUGCAAUGAUCUGUGCCUUCUUUCUACCACCCUCUUGAUUGGAGCUUUUGUGAUGCAGCUACCAUGAUUCCAAAUAGACCAAAAAAAAAAAAAAAAAAAAGAUCAGCUACUUAUUCUUGUCCACUAGAGGCCGCUGUC